AUGAAACGCGUUUUCUUUUUGUCUAUCCAUGAUUCUAACGUUAUUUCUCGUUCAUUCGUUCUCUCUAUCAAUCACUCUCUCUCUCUUUCUCUCUCUGUUUUCUCUCUUUUUUCUGUUAUCUAUCUAUCUAUCUAUCUAUCUAUCUAUCUAUCUAUCUAUCUAUCUAUCUAUCCCAUCUAUCUAUUUAUCUAUCUAUCUCAGUCUGUUCAUAUCUAUAUGUCUCAGUUUUCUCAUAUCUAUCAUAUCUAUCUAUCUAUCUAUCUAUCUAUCUAUCUAUCUAUCUAUCUCAUCUAUCUUUAUCCCAUCUCAGUCUGUUCAUAUGUCUCAGCUAUUCUAUCUAUCUAUCUAUCUAUCUGUUCAUCUAUCUAUCUAUCUAUCUAUCUUCUGUACAUAUCUAUAUGUCUCAUUUUCUAUAUCUAUCUAUCUAUCUAUCUAUCUAUCUAUCUAUCUAUCUAUCUAUCUAUCUAUCUAUCUAUCUAUCCCAGUCUGUUCAUAGCUAUUUAUCUAUCUAUCUCAGUCUGUUCAUAUCUAUAUGUCUCAGUUUUCUCAUAUCUAUCUAUCUAUCUAUCUAUCUAUCUAUCUAUCUAUCUAUCUAUCUAUCUCAGUCUGUUCAUAUAUAUAUGUCUCAGUUUGUUCCUAUCUAGCUAG